GGGGGCCGCCGGGAUGAGGCUCCGCCCCUGCCCCGGCCGCUGGCCUGUGUCCCGUCUAUCGCCGCACAGGGUCAGCGCGGGGUCGGUAGGUUCAGAAACGCGGCGGCGGCGGCUCCGAGACUUGAGCCGGUGCAGGAUGUACACGCUGCUGUCCGGGCUGUACAAGUACAUGUUCCAGAAGGAUGAAUACUGCGUCCUGAUCCUGGGCCUGGACAAUGCGGGGAAGACAACCUUCCUGGAGCAGUCCAAAACCCGGUUUAACAAGAACUACAAGGGGAUGAGUCUCUCCAAAAUUACCACCACUGUGGGUCUAAACAUCGGCACUGUGGACGUGGGAAAGACUCGCCUCAUGUUCUGGGACUUAGGGGGGCAAGAAGAGCUGCAGUCUUUGUGGGACAAGUACUAUGCAGAGUGUCAUGGCGUCAUCUAUGUCAUUGACUCCACUGAUGAAGAGAGACUGUCGGAAUCCAAACAGGCAUUUGGUGGUUUCGAGCGAGGCGCUGGACGGUGUCCCCAUCCUGGUGCUGGCCAACAAGCAGGAUGUGGAGACCUGCCUCUCAAUCCCUGACAUCAAGACUGCAUUCAGUGACUGCACCUGCAAGAUUGGCCGGAGAGACUGCUUGACCCAGGCCUGCUCUGCCCUCACAGGGUAAGGGGGGGAGGGGGCUUGCCCCACAGUGUCCUCAGAACCCAGACCACCUGCCUCACAUCCCUGUCUCUGCAGCAAAGGAGUGCGAGAAGGCAUUGAGUGGAUGGUGAAGUGUGUCGUGCGGAACAUCCACCGGCCGCCCCGGCAAAGGGACAUCACGUAGCACAGCUGGCUCCCCUGUAUCGACCAUGUGUCCCCUAGUGCUGGAGGAGUGUGCUCCUUGCUGGCUCCUGUGUCACUGAUCCUUGGGGUUGGGUUUGCUUUGUUUUUGGUUCUUUUAUUUGCUGUUUUCUCUAAGACAAACUUUUCUUUGUGUCUGGAAAAGUGUUAGGCAUCCAGAGGCUUCUGCCAAGGGGCAUGAGGCACCUGGGCCAGUCUGGUUCCACACAGACCCCCGGCCUUGCCCAAUACCCUGCAGGACCUGGGGCUCUCCCAGCCCAGGUACUAGGGUGGAGGUGGGUGGUGCAGCCUUGUCUGGACAAGCUUUCCCCUAGGUCUGCCUAUCACCCAUUCUAAGGUGGGUCUGAGGGAAGCCUGGUUGAAAAUAGGGGUUUGGCUCUGGCACCUCUUCUGUCCAGUUUGCUCAUGAAAGGCGGAUGUGGCCAGGAAAGAUCUUAGAGGUGGUCUAGAGGCUGGUCUCGACAACUAGACCUAGUCUACAUCCCAAAAGGGCUACCAAGGGGAUUUUUGCUUUGUUGAGACAGAAUCCCACUGUGCAGUGCACACUGGGCUGGAAGUCAUUGUUGUAGCCCAGGCUGGCCUCAAACUCUUGAUCCUUCUGCCUCCCCUACCUGAGUGCUGGGUUUACAAGUGUGGGACACCAUGCCCUGCUCCCUUUUAGAUUUUGAUACAACCAUGGGCAGGGCUUAGGAGACCUGCCUGGAAAGCCAUACCUCUUCCACUGACCCAUUCUUACUUUGUUUUAAUGUCCAGGGAAGGACAGUAUGGAGACAUUGUUGUGUCAGUUGUGCUGGGUAUGCAUGCGCUUAUAUUUCACACACACAAACACACACAGUGGGUGGUUUUCCUGGGGACACAGAAUCUUGCUGCCAGCCAGAUAUGACUGGCCAGCUCAAGUGGUCCCCUGGAUGCCUGUUUUGAUUUAGGUACACUGGGUUCCUUCAGGGCCCGGGUCUGCAUCCCCAGCUGGAGGUGAGAAGCAGGGUCCUGAAGUGCCCCAACACCCUUGGAAAGAGAAUGUUUGUUCUCCCUGGGGAGGGAUUGGGAGCCCUGCAGGUGGAGCUGUUCCUCUGUCCUUCCUUUCAUAUCCCUGCAGGGACUGUCACACCCAAGGGGCCUGGCUGACCACUCUGCCCUUCCCAGUGUGGCCAGGGCAAGAACGCUGGCUCCUGACCAUAGGCUAGCUCCCCACUGCCUGGACUUGGUGACCACAGAAGGAACUCCCUAGGCAGGCUUGGAGCAAUGGCCUGGCCACAGCUCCUUGUUCAAGGGCAGGUCACACCCGACAGCACCCUGGUGGGGAGAAGAGUGGUGUAUCUGCGAUUCACAGGAGACCUCUGGUCUCCUCCCAGGGUUUUCUUGUAGGUUGUGUCCCAGGACUUGAAGGAAGGGCUUAGCCUCAGAAAAGAAACAGCCACCCUGAUGGGGGAGGGUGGCAGGAGCAAUUCCCCAGGUCACUCUGGAGGGUCUGGAGACUUCAGAUCCUCCUCACUUCCCAGAAGACACUGGGCUGGAAGAUGCCUGGCUGGGUCCCUCCUGUGGAAUCUGUAGGAGUGGGUAGGAUCAAAAGGUGGGCAGGCUGAGGGGUAUCCUCAGUGAGGCAUCAGGGCACUACACCGAGUGUCAUGCCCUGACCACCCUACCUCAGUGCAGGGAGCAGAGGGGAACUUCCUACGGAGAGCGGUCAUCCUGGUCCACGGACUAGCAGUUGGGAAGCCUGCAGGAUCAGAAGCACCUACUCAGCCCAGGGUCCCCCACAGGUCUUGGAGCGGAGGUGCAACUUGAGAGCAGCUGGUUUUAUGAAAUGCUUUAUAAAAUAAACCUUGAAGUUUCCUUUUGUGUGGCUCAGCAAUGCUUAACUGGGGCUUGGAGUGUAGAAUAAAUAAGGUGGAGCACGCAGGGGAGCUACAUGCUGUUGCAGCCGGGGCAGUCCAGCCAUACAGUACCCCGCCCUGCGCCUUGGCAAGCUCCAAGAGUUGCUGCUGCAGCUGUAAGCCCUCAUGGCCCUCCCUUGGUGGCGAUGGGCUCUGUUCCCGUUCCCCAGGGCCUGCUGAAAACGCUGCGGCCUCUUGAAGGAGAUGUCCUGGAAAAUUCGAAACCAAUGAGCACACUCAGGCUCCUUGGUCCCUGAUAGUAGGCUAAGGGUGGGGUGCGUAGGUCACAGAAUUCACAGGCCAAAAGAAAUCUCUGUGUCCUGGAAAGCAAUGAGCACAAUCCUGAGAUGCUCCAGACCUGAGUGCAAAGCCCUGGGGGGGCUGCUGUGUUGGGAAAGAGAGGUGUAGGGUCUGCCAUACCCUUUGAGGAGCCACUCUUAAAAACCUCAAGUUUCCUCCUGGGUGCUGGUGGCUCACACCUGUAAUCCUAGCUACUCAGCAGGCAGAGAUCAGGAGGAUCGC